AUGGAAAAGUUAUCACCAGAACAACAAAAAGCAGCCCUGGAAUACAAAGAAAAAGGUAAUGAAUGUUUUAAGAAGAAACAAUACCACCCAGCUGUCAGCUUUUAUGAUUUAGCAAUUAAAAGUGAUCCAACGCAGUCUAUAUUCUAUAGUAAUGCUGCAUUUUGCCAUUUAAAACUAGAGGCCUAUCAACUAGCAUUAAAUAAUUGUGAUAAAGCUAUUUCAAUAGAUAAUCGCAAUGUGAAGGCUUAUUAUAGACGUGCUUUAAGUUAUAUUGGUUUGAUGGAAUACUCAAAAGCUAAAAAAGAUUUUAAAAUCGUAUUGAAAUUUAAGCCUAAAGAUGAUGCGGCUCUACGAGGAGUAGCUUUGGUUGAUAGAAUGAUUUUCCAAGCCAAUUUUGAAAAGGCUUUGGGUGCUGAUGACGAUAAUGGUGAUUCAAAUUCUAAUGGUAUGCGCAGAUUAUGUGAAACUGUUUUACUAAGUAGUUUUGAUGGUAAUUCGGAUAUCACUAACUAUAAUGGUCAAGAAUUAGUUCUAGAACAUGUAACACCAGAGAACGGAGGUGAGUACGGAAAUAUUGAAGUCACCAACAUGAGUCAAGAGUUCAUUUCAUUCAUGGUUAAUGAACUUUUUUUGAAGGGCAAAAAAAUACCCAAGAAGUAUGCUGCCGGUAUUAUAUCCCAUGUUGAUUCUAUCGUGAGAAAAGAGCCUACUCUACUAGAAAUAAGCAAUGCAGAUAAUCCCGAAGUGAAAAUCACCGUAGUUGGUGAUACCCAUGGUCAAUUUUAUGAUGUGUUGAAUUUAUUCCAUAAAUUUGGUAAGGUUAAGCAAAAUCACAUCUAUAUUUUCAAUGGAGAUUUUGUUGAUCGUGGUUCAUGGUCCUGUGAGGUUGCUUUGCUAUUAUACUGUUUGAAAAUAUUGUAUCCUGAACAUAUUUAUAUAAUAAGAGGUAACCAUGAAACCGAUAAUAUGAACAAAGUUUAUGGUUUUGAAGAUGAGUGUAAAUUUAAAUAUUCUACCAGGAUUUUCGAAAUGUUUAGCGAAAGUUUUGAAAGUUUGCCUUUAUGCUGUGUUAUUAAUCAAAAUUAUAUUGUCAUGCAUGGUGGGUUAGGCCAUGAUCCUGAGGUUACUCUCGAUGAUAUCAGGAAAAUCAAUAGGUUUAAGCAACCACCAAGAGAGGGCAUAUUCAUGGAAUUGUUAUGGUCAGACCCACGUGCUUUGGACGGUUUGGGUCCAUCCCAACGUGGUCUAGGUUAUGCUUUUGGUCCCGAUAUUACUGCUGCAUUUUUAAAGAAAAACGGUUUACGCAAAGUCUUUAGAUCACAUGAAGUUAGAUCUGGUGGUGUGUCUUACGAGCAUAACAACAAACUAAUUACUAUUUUCAGUGCGCCAAAUUAUUGUGACAGUGAGAAUAACCUCGGUGGUGUUAUUCAUGUUGUGCCAGGUAGAGGUAGCACAGAGCCUGUAAAGUGUGUUUCCGACGAAAAAACCUUUAUGCCUUUUGGAGAAACAACCAGUGGUGUCAUUUGUAAUGAUGAUGCAGAUUUGGCUGUUGAAGUUUUUAAAGCUGUGAAACAUCCAGACUUGAAGCCUAUGGCUUAUUGUAAAAAUGGUGGAUUGGGCUUUUAA